ACCACUUUUAAAAUCGAAUUUUUUCAUAAUUACGAUUGAAAAAAAUAAUUUUUAACAACUUUAAAUAACAAAAAAAGCUCAAAUUAACGAAAUUUCAUCAAAAACUCCCUCAAAAUGGGCGGCGGCAAAGCAGAAAAAGGUACCCCAAAGUACCUGGCGAACAAGAUGAAAGCAAAAGGCUUGCAGAAACUCCGAUGGUAUUGCCAGAUGUGUCAGAAACAGUGUCGCGACGAUAACGGCUUCAAGUGCCACACGAUGAGCGAAUCCCAUCAGCGCCAAAUGAGACUUUUCAGCGACAAUGCCGGACGAUAUAUCGACUCUUUCUCCAAGGAAUUCUCCGAUGGGUUCAUGUAUUUGUUACGAAGGCAGUUUGGCACGAAGCGCGUUUUGGCAAAUCGAGUGUAUCAGGAUUUCAUUUCGGAUAAAGGACAUUUACACAUGAACGCUACUAAAUGGUAUUCGUUAACGGAGUUCGUAAAAUGGCUCGGAAGAACGGGACAAUGCAACGUCGAUGAAACGGAAAAGGGAUGGUACAUCACGUACAUCGAUCGUGACCCGGAAACGCUUGCGCGACAAGAAAAACUCGCGAGAAAGGAAAAAGCAGAAAAAGACGACGAAGAAAGGCAUCAAGAGUACAUUCGACAACAAGUCGAAAAAGGUCAGAAACAACUCGAGAACGAGCAACCGAAAGAAAUUAAGGAAUUUGUGAGGGAAAAUGAGGAAGAACCCUUAAAAUUAGACAUUAAAUUAGCUGCGAAACCGAAACCUGAACCUGUUUCUCUCAAAGCAAGUGCCUUCAGUAUCGACAAUGGAAAGCGAAAACUUGACACGGAGUCCACCGCAACAGCUUUUAAGAAACCAAAAGUACCGAGCUCGAGUUCAAGUCGAUUAUCGGGCAUCGAAGAGCUCAUCAAGAAGCAAGAAGAGGAAAAAGAACGUAAAAAUCGCAAAGAUUACUGGCUGCACGAAGAUAUUAUCGUAAAACUUGUCACAAAAUCCCUCGGCGACAAAUAUUACAAACAAAAAGCUCGCGUUUUGGAGGUAAUUGACAAAUAUCAAGCGAAAAUCAAGAUGCUUGAAACUGGGGAUAAGCUAAAAGUGGAUCAAGAUCACUUGGAAACAGUCAUUCCGAACUUGGGAAAGCCCGUAAGAGUCGUUAAUGGCGCAUACCGAGGACAAUUAGCAACUUUAAAAGAAUUAGACGAAGAUAAUUUUUGUGUGACAAUCCAAAUUGCAGCAGGAACGUACAAAGAUCGGGUCGUGAAAGGAGUUCAGUACGAGGAUAUUUGUAAAAUUUAUGAAAAUUAACGCGAUUUAAAGAUGUAAAUUAAAGAAAAUCAAUUUAUUU